AUGCCGCCCCGGUGCACAGCCACGACCGUCAAGGGGGAGCAGUGCAAGAACCAGUCGGUGGUGACCGUGUCUUCUGGUCACUACUGCGGGGUUCACGGCAAGGUCAAGCCUGCGACGACCGGCAAGUACAACCGCAAAGUGCUUGUCGACAACAAGCCGCAGAUCGAGGCCAAGCAAGGGUACAUUUAUGUGUAUUCAUUGUGCGAGGGCAAGAACAAGGGCGGACGGGUGAAUGCCAAUCCUCAGAUUUUCAACCAUGAGAGGCAGGCGUUUGAGAGUCUUCCUGCAAAUCUGACGCUGGUCAAGGUCGGAUACACAACGAAGACACCUCGGAAACGGCUGCAGGAGUGGUCGAAACAGUGCCAGCAUGCCAUAGAGCUGCUUCCCAACCCCAAGUAUCCGAUUCAGCGGCGGAACCAGGAGACGUAUGACGCCUCGGAAAACGGCUGGUUGAUCUACAAGGAGGCCAAGUCGCCGCAGGCUAUUGAGACGCAGGUGCACAAUCUGCUGUGGCAGCUGUUUGGCAAGGGCCAUGUGGUUUGCGAUGGGUGUCAUAAGAACAUUUCCGACGGCGAGGUGAGAACGCGGACCGACAAUGGUAUGAACCGGCACGUGGAGUGGUUUUGCUUGGAUCGGAGAGAUGUUCCUGUCGUCUACGAGAUUGUUGGCUGUUUGACGAAUGGAGGAGAUCCCGAAGAGCUGCCGGCGGUGAUGACGAGGCUGAAGUUGGCUCCCAAGGUGAAACAAAAGUCUGGCGGCUGUUGUUGUCAGUAG